UAGUGUACUUUAUUUCUACACGUCAUAUAGGCAAUGUACACAUGCAGAGCGGCAUACAGUCCACACGAUACGGUGACCAUUUACCCAUGCGGAACGGAACGUUGAGUAUUGCUAUUUACGGUCGACUUGGAAAUCAGAUGUUUGGGUACGCUUCCAUCCUCGGACUGGCUUACACGAUGAAUUUAAGCAAUAUUGUUAUAGAUCAUUUAGAUGGCGGUGAUGACCUGUUAUCAUCGUUUCAACUUUCCAACAAGAUGGUAUCUUUCUGUCCAAUACCGCUCAAUGCCAAACAUGUGGAUGAAAUGCGAUGCUGUGCUUUUGACGAAAGACUUACCAUGUUCAGUAAUAAAGAGGAUAUUAAUGUUAUCGGAUACCUAUUGUCCUGGAAAUAUUUUUAUAAUAUUGACAAACAUAUCAGAAAGGAAUUUACUUUUGUUACAAGUAUACUGUCUAAGGCCAAACAAAUUAAACUUGACAUCGCUUCAAUGUUUAACGACACAUCAAUAUUUAAAAACCGCACAUACAUCGGUGUACACAUUCGAAGAGGAGACUUCCUCCUGGAAUCGAAAAUUAAAUUCGGUCAUUAUCCUGUUUCGAAGGACUAUAUUAUUCACGCAAUACAACUGUGCACUAAAAUGUUUGGAGAAGACAUAAUAUUCGUAUUUUGUUCUGACGGCAUAAAGUGGGUAAAACGUAACUUUUCAAUCUUCACCAACAAGUGGAAAAUGGCGUUUGUCGAGGAUAACCCUGCCGCUGUUGAUAUGGCCGUUUUGAGUUUGUGCGACCAUACCAUAGUAACAACAGGUUCUUUUGGCUGGUGGGCGGCCUGGCUGGCGGGAGGGAAAACUAUCAUUUCUAAACAGAAGGCAAUUAAUGGAUCUUACCUUAGUAGUCAAUUUGCAUAUCCGGAUUACUUUUAUCCAGAUUGGAUAAUCAUCGAAUGACUGUGUUGGUAAUGCAUGUAUUGACUGGACAAGUGCCCAAAUUACUUUAUUGCUGCCUUUUACUGGUUAUGAAUUUUGCAUUUGCUUGUUAAAAACAAUAUCACCUUUCACGAUCAGUUGUAUAAACUAGAUUGAUUCAUAGGUUAUCAAGUUUGUGAAACUUAGAUACAAUAUUUUUUAUGAUUCUAUAUUAAUUUGAAUGUUUACUUAUAUUUCUGUAUUUACGUAUAUCCAGGAUUAUUGCUUUUCAUGAAGAAAUCUUAAUACGUAUUAUUGUGCAAUCAAAUUAUUUUUUUAUAGAAAAGGUAGAAAUCCAUUUUUAUCUCCUUUUUAUCACAAAUUAUUCAAAGCAUUAUAAAUCAAUAUGUGAAAUAAAUAAUAAUUUGUUUGAAUAAUGUGUAUGCUUAUGGUGGGAGUAUGUGUGUGCAUGUAUGUAAGAGUAUGUGUGUGUUGGUAUAUGUGGAUGUGCAUGCGCAUGGAAGUUUAUCUUAAGAUCUUAAGCAGGCUUGUCAUGAAAAGAACGAAUUGCAUGCAUUGAUUGUAUUCCUAAUGUCCUAUAUUUAUUCCAUUUGUUCGCUUCUGCCGGUUAAUUAACCCUGCCCCAAAACAGAUUUAAAUCAGAAUUAUCAGCAUUGAUGUACCAAUUCGGUCUUUUCGUAACUAAGAAGUUGUUUCCCAUUCGGGUAGGUAUCACGAGUAUUCCGGGUAAAGUGAAUGUAACAGCUGUAAUAUUAAUCUUAAUGUUUUUAAAGUGAAUGUAACAGCUGUAUUAUUAAUCUUAAACAUAUAGGCUUCGUAUUUUUACUUAUCGGGAUAUUGGAUAUGAACUGUUGAAAUAUUAACGAAAAAUCUUACAUUUUACCGGGACAUACAUUGCUUUUCAAUAACAGCGCAACUAUAAUGGUUAUAAUCAUUCUUGAAACAUUUAAAUGUAGCACUACGAUAUUCUGUGUUUAUUUGAAUAAAUAAAAUAACGUGCAUAUUUUUACGUACCAAAAAACUAUAAUCUAUAGUAACAAUCAAAUAUAAGAUAAUUUUACCUUGCAUAUUUAAUACAUAUUGUGUAUUUUUCAUUAAACAUUGAAAUAAACAUUGCAGAAAAGUGUCGAUAUUGCUUAUAUUCGUCCAUAUCCGCACUUUUCGGUCAUAUCCGCGGAUAUGAGUCAUAUACACAUUUUAGACGGACCGCUUUUUACCCGGGAUACUCGUGAUACCUACCCGAAUGGGAGACAACUUCUUAGUUACGAAAAUCCCGAAUAGCGAAACACUUCAAAGGGUUGUGUGUGGAUGUAAAAAUGCACAGGCGUAAUAUGCUUAUUUUGUAAAGUAUCCUAACUUUUACGAAGCCCAUAUACAUACACGUAAAUUAAUAAUUAAAAUUGCAGCUGUAGAACUACGAGUGACGAGUAUGUUCGUAACUUAAAGUUUAAAUCAAAAUUAUAUUAAGAUAUAAUUAUCAGAUACAUAUGAAUAAAUGCACAUCAUUAUAUCAAGUUUAAUUGUUACAUCUUAAAAGCAUGUUCUUAAUUUUUCAUGAUACAAUUAAUUGUGAAGAAUAGCGUAUAAUCACUUUUAUAAAUUAAAAGUAACAAAAUAAAUAAAGCUAUACUUAUGGUUGUUAUUACUUUGAUAUAAAGCAUAUCAUCUUUUGAUAAAAUACUUGAAUAAGUUCAUAAAAUGGAUAUUGGAUCGAAAACUUUACACUGCCUGAACCUCAUACGGCCACCCAACAAAGGCCAAUCUUAUAACUUAAAAAUACUUAUUGAAAGCAAGGGGCUCUGUUUUCAUUGCUUGACCUAUUCCUACUAUUCCUACUAGCUUUUAUUUACAAAUACGCAUAUUUUCUUUAAAAAAAAUAAAGCAAAACAUCUGUCUGAUUAUUAUUCUAUUUUCGAAAGGAUGUUUUCUUUGUGAUUGUUUCUCAAUGUUGUGCAUUUAUUAUGUUUUUGUCGUUUUGUUUGCUGAUAAUUUGUGACGACUAGAAAUUAUAUGAUUCUCGAUUUUAUGUAAGAAUACGGCGAAUUUUAUACUUCUCCUGGUGUAUUGCAAUCGGAACGAUUUUCAGUGUUGAUAUUUAGCUGUGCAACAUGUUACAAAACUACUCGCAUCUGAACAAGUAACCUGAUAAUGCAGUUGGGAAUCACUUGCUGGCUUCCUAUGUUAUAAAAUUACUUAUUCUAGUAAAUUCAUAUGAGCCCGUUUGAUCCCAACUGCAUGUAACUGCAAAAUAUCACGAAAUAAAUUAUACAUAAACAUCAAUUUAUUUAAUGGAUAAACAUGUACCUCCGUUAAUUUGUAUUGAAUGAGUUUUUGUCAGAGUACAAUUUAAUGCAAUUACUAUUGUCUUACUUUUUUAUGAGUAUAGUGUACCAAAGGUCCGAUGAUACAGCUGGAAAAUUGGUUUAUUAAAGUAACGAUAUGCAACAAUUUGAAUUUAUAAUGUCCGUUUAACACUUUAAUUGAUAUUAUUUGUAAGAUACUUCUCUCUGUAGCAGUGUUGCAAAACUAUAUUUCUGAUAUUUCAUCUUGAUAC